AUGUCUUCGGCUGCGAACAACAAUACUAACAACAAUAAUUUUCCAUAUGGGAAGAGAAUAACCCACACUUCCUCGACAGUAGGGUCUUCAUCUAAUGUUGGUUCUGCCUCAUCAAAUUCUAAUAGUACUAGUAUGAAGUUGGGUAAUCUCUCACCAAUACAACAUUAUAGGAGCUCAAAUUUACAUGGCACCUAUUCUCACUCUGAUAUCAGAGGGGAACAAACAAAGAAUAUGGAUGAAGUCAUUUUGCAUAAUACUCAAACCUUGAUGGAUUACAAUACUCCAAGGGGAGCCAAUAACAAUGAUUUUGAAUUGAAGAGUAAUACUUCUCCACUUUCUUCAACAUCAGAGAGUAGUGCCAUUUUCAAUAAGCCCUUGGAUCAGUUGGUAAAGUGUUUUUUAUGUUUCAACAAACCUUCAUCACCUCACUUGUGCCCUUGCUGUUCCAAAAUUGUCUGUUUGGGAUGUGCAAAGAAGUGGAUCUCGGAAAAGAGUUCUUGUCCAAACUGUAGAUCACCCCUUUCAACAAGUCAAUUAGUUAAUUGUAAAUUUGUAACAGAGAUUUCAUCUGAGUUGGAAAAGCUUCAAACUCAAAUCAAGAAGGACAAAACUAUUGUUCCUUCAAGAGCAAGUUUAGUGAAUGAACAUUGUUCUAGCCACGAUCUUCCUCUGAUUUAUUAUUGUGAAACUUGUAAGGAGCCAAUCUGUUCUGAUUGUGCAAUGUUUGAGGAAAAACACAAAAAUCACAAAUUUAAAAAGGUCAAUGAAGUUUACAAGGAAUGUGUUGACAUUGUAAAGGUAGAAUCUGAAACUGUUAAAACUCGUCUGAAAGAUUUGAACUCUCUCACACUGAGUAUCGAAGAAAAUAUUAAGAGAAUUACCAAAGCAAAGGAGGAAACCUUAAAAACAAUCAAUGAAACUGUCGAAGAAAUGCGUACUAAUUUGGAUUCACUCUAUAAGAGCAAGCUUUCAUCAUUGGUCUCCCAAAAGAAUAUGAUUAUUGAUGAAAUUGCCAUGUUAGAGAAGCUAACCAAAGAGUUGGGAAGACAAAUUGAGACGAGUCCACAAUGUGUUUUGAUAUCCAAAACUCCAGACAUUGUCCGUGUAGUGGAUGAAAUCAAUAAGAAGCCAACAGUUGCCUUCAAUAAGAUUGCUGUAACAGAAAGUUUCCCUAAUGAAAUUGUUCCACCAUACGAAGGAGGCCAGUUUCGUAUAGAAAACUAUUCUGAAUUACUUAAAACAACCGAAGUUAUUUAUUCUGAUCCAAUCACUAUUAAUGGAUUGCAAUGGAGGUUGAAGGUUUAUCCAAAUGGUACAGGAGUUGCCAAGGGAGUUUUUAUAUCUGUCUUUUUAGAAAUGUUCAAAGGGUUGACUGAACCUAAAAAGUACCACUACAAGGUUGAAAUGGUAAAUAAGAGAGAUACCUCAAAGAAUAUUGAAAGAUCAUUUGCCUCAAUUUUCGAAUCUGGAGAAUGUUGGGGGUAUAAUAGAUUCUAUCGAGUUUCAGAGUUGGCUGGAAAUGGGUUUAUUGAUGUAGAUGAUGAUGUUUUGAACUUGAAUUUCUUUGUGAGACCAACAUCAUACUUUGAAUUAUGUUUAGAGCAAGCAAGAUACAUUAAAGACCUGGAAGAUUUCAAAAAGAUGAAUCCAAUUACGAGUGUUACAACUGAGGAGGAAGUUGCAGAAGAGGCAAACAACCUAUUGAAGGAGGAAGCAUUCAACAAUCCAAAUCUCUCCCCAAUUGAAGAAACAGAGACUUAUCAAUUCCUUGUGGAAAGUGAGGAAACAAUCGGCAAUCACCAAGUUCAAGAGCAAGAAAAUACUUCCUUAAAGAUAGAAGAAGAUAAUUCUUUCUCGAUCAAUACCCAAAUAACCCCUGAAGCUGAUGAAUCCAUAUCUCCAACAGUUUUUAUCAAUCCAAUAGAUGAAGAUAUUGUCACUAUCGAGCAAGACACAAGCAUUAUAUCUUCUGAUGGUAGCCAACUGGUUAUUGAACAGGUUGAAGAAAAAUCAGACAAUAAGGAACCAUCAACGGCAGGAUCUGUCUGGUCCAAGUCCCAACAAGAGCAAGCAUUCUCAUUGCCAUCAGUUGGAAACCAUAGUAGUGACACCGUUAAUGUUUCAAUAUCAUCAAUAGAAAACAGUGAUUAG